AUGACUGAUUUUAACGGAUUAGGAAUACUAUUAGAAGAAAAGGAACAUCCAUUACAUGAAACUAUUGAAAAUAUUAGACAAGAAGAAUUUGAAAAGGAAAUCCAUCAAGAUCAUGAAAAUGAAAAUAUUUCAUCAGAAGCAGGAUCUGAACUUCUUUUGCCACCAUUACCUGAUGAAGAAGAUAUAAAUCCAAUAGUACCACUGAUAUUUUCAACAAAUACAUAUACAAAUAAUACAACCAUGGAAAAUAAAUCAUUAUCAGGAUUUAAUUCACCAUUUUCAAACACUGAUAAAAAUCUUGAAUCAUCAUAUUUUACCGAAGAUUCAAGAAGAGGAUCUGAUUAUUCAGAAAUAUUACUGAAUUCAUGUUUAUCAUCAUAUGAACUUAGUUCACCAGGGUUAAAUAUGGAUUCAAAUACUUUCCAAAAUUUCCCCUCUACAAGUGCGAAUACCCCCGCAAAAGAUGCUUCACAACCUAGCACCCUGCCAUUGAAAAGGUUAAAAAGUUUGAAAAAUGGAAUACGGAAACUUUCUCUUUCUAGUAAAUCUGCACCAGUUUCUAAUCUUCCUACUCCAACACUUCCUAUAAGACCAGUUUUAUCUCCAAUUCAAACUUUUUCUAAAAGAUCAAGUCAAGAUAGUAGUGAUCUGAUUUUAACUGAUAAUAAUUUUAUGAAUUCAAGUGAUAGACAAUCUUUCCCAUCUUUAACCAUGUCCAAGAGAGCAAGAGCACUUUCAUCAUCAGCUUUAACUCCUUUAACCCCUUCAUAUUCAUCUCCUGUUAUAACUCUUUCGGAAAAUUUACAAAAUUCGAAAAGAUCGUUAUUAAACAUUGAACAUAGUUAUUUUGAUUCACUUCAAACUUCAAAGAAUAAUCAAAAUAAUAAUUUAUCAAAUAAUAUUGAAGGAGAAUAUUAUAAAUCAAAUGAUCGUAAUCGAUCAAUUACAGAAUUAAGUAAACCAAGUGAACUUUUGGAUUAUUUAAUGUUUUUAAAAGAUCAAAAAAAAUCAGUUACUGAUGCUUUUGAAUUAACAAGACAAAGAUUAAAAGAUUCAGGUUGGUGUUCAGAACAUGAUUUGAAUAAUUUACAAUUACAACAAGAUUCUUCUUUAUGUCAACUUGAAACAAAAUUACUUCAAAUUAAGGAAAGACUUGAUUCAGAAUUUAAUAUGUCAUUAUUUAAUGAAAGUUCACAAAUGUGUACUAAUUCUAGAAGAUUUUCUGAAAGAACUAUAAAUUCUGACAUUGAAAAGCAAGCUUUAAGUCCUUCCCUUAAAACUUUGGAGAAUAGAUGCUUUUCAUUUUCUGAAAUUCGUUAA